UUAAUUAUAUUGGUGAUUUAUUAUUAUUUAUAUACUUUAAUUAUUGUUAAUUAAUUAACUAAUUUUUCAAUCAUGAGUCAAGCAAUUGUUGGAUUUUUAUUAGUGGCAAUUAUUGCUAUCAUCAAUGGUGCACCACAAUAUACUUGGGAAGAUUUGUCUAAAAAUGUGCAAACAUUACCAGAGACCCGCCAUACAGACAUGACACACAGCAGACACAUGAACAGACAACAUUCAGAAUCAGCAAGUCAUGAAUUACACCAAAAAAUGAUGAUGGAUCCUUCCAGCGAUUCAACUAAUGAACGAAAACAUCAAAAAACUUUACGAAUUCUAUCCUCAUCAAACGAUAGCGGUAACAGCGAUUCAAAAAGCAUGGAAUAUUACAGACACGACCAUGCUCGUGCUGAUGAAGACUUUGUAGCACCCAUGAUACGUGAAGAUACCAGACCCAAACAUGACGUCAUGCAAAAUGUCAUGACCUUUUUGAGUGGUCAACAAAGUUACGACGAACAAGCUGCAAUGCAAGAAAAUUCUAAAAAGUAUUUAACAAAAAGUAUGUUAGAAGAAUUACCACGACAUGGUAUCCAAUCAAAUUAUCAUGGUACUGAACAUGCACCUAGAUUUAUGACAUUUGCACCAAAAGUGGAACAAUUAGCAAAAGCAGUUCAACCACAACGCGUACCAAUAGAAGAUACUAAAAUGUAUGUGGAUAUGGGUAAAAGUAUGGUUAGGAUGAGUUCAGAUUUAAUGGAUGCAGCCAACAGUGACACAGUAGCAUUACGCCAAAGAGAAACCAACACUCAUCACUCAAUGAAAACCAAGAGAAAUUCUCAAGAAAACCAAAUGGAUACGAUGUUGAUGAUGUCACCAAUGAAUGUUGAACAAAACCGUAUGACCACAACCAAUAUGGAAGAACCAACUGAACAUAAUGUAAACAACAGAAACAGUCAUGAACAGUCACAACACCAAAGGCAGCAAAAUACAAUGGUUGAAAAUGAAAUGCGAGCAAGAAAUCAAAAAGUAACAAUGUCUCCUCAUAAUGGUCAAGACAACGAACAAAUGAUGAACACAAUCUAUAGAAAUUGAAACUAAGAAACAAAUAUAUGGAACUGACUCAAAAAUGAAAACAGGAGCACAUU